AAAAAGCAGUGUAACAUGGAUAAAAUUGCAAAAAAAAACCAUGACUAUAAAAUUGCAAACGUCAAACUUAAAAGUGACGUACGCUUAGCACAAUUAUGCCGCCAAAUUGAUUUUCGGGAAGGAAUGACAAGUUUGGUUGCAUUGGAGUCCGUCACAGUGAUCGACGAUAUAAAUUCGAUACAAACUAGUACUUCCCACGUAAAUUGUGCUAAAAAUCAGCAGCACAGACAUGUCCUGAAAGCUAAAGAAAACAUAUACAAACACAAAUGUAAUAAAGUACUUAAGCGAAAACUGAAAAAGUACAAACUUAGACAAGAUGGGUGUGAAGACCAAGAUGUUUUAGAUGUGUCAAAAACUCUUAUUUCAGCACUUAUAAUCAAGUCACCAAGAAGCUCAAAAGAUCCAGCUAAUACAGACGAAGCUCUAAGUGACUUUGAAGAAUAUCAACCUGCACCUAACUACCUUUUCAAAAUGGGUAGGAGGAAAGAGACCUUAAAAAUAGGUAAAAGUUUAAAGCAUUCUAAUGUUAAUGGAAAACAGAAUGCAAUAAUAACUAGCCCUACUAAUCAGGAUAAGAAACAGACAAAUGCAUUUAAAUUGUUAAUGGAUUCUAGAAAUAAAAGUAUUGGUAGCAACUCUCCUGGUAAGGAGAAGAAAGAUGAUGUUACAGAAAUAGAAGAAGUGGAACGAAAAAGUUUAAAAGCUAAGAGACAGUUGCUUCUCCAAAAAAUGGCUGAAGACAAAGGUUCCAUAAGAAAUAAGGAAAUUGAAGAAUAUCAGGACAAGAUAAUACAAAAGAAAAUGGAUUUGCGAGCUGAAAAACUAAAAUCAAUGAUAUUAAAAGAUGCAAAAUCAGUAAAAGAAAAUAAAGACACUAAUAAAAAGACAGUAAAAGCUCAGGAACUGGAGGUUACGGAGAAAGUUGAAGGUAUGAACAAUAAUGUACUGAAAAAGGUAAAGAAGUCUCUAAAAAUUGUUGAUAUAUUCAAUACUAUUGAAGAACCUGUCAACAACAGUCCUGUGAAAAAGUUUCUCCCUAAAGAAGACCAAGAAUUUCUGAAUAAGCUUUCUCCAUCUUUAAAGAAAAAAGAAAGUAUGCUUUCAUAUUUCAAAAAGCUUGAAAGGGAUUUUGACUGUCCAGAAGAAUCCAAUGAUAGUAUUAUAAAGGUCAAGCUUCAGCCUAGGGGCAAAAAGAAAGGAAAGAAAAAGUUAAGUCUUAAAAAAGAUUCUAUUGGCGAGUCAUCUACUUCUGAAAUAAUACAAAUAACAGAAGAAAAUGAUAACUCAGUUACAAGCAACCAAAAUGGUGAUGACAUUAUAGAAGUUAUUGAUAAAGAAGUAAUUACAAUAUUAGUAAAUGAUAAUAAAAAAAGUUUUGCAGGUGUUGAACCUCUUAAGAAGUCUAUUUUAAAUGAUUUAGUAGUUAAAAGUGACAGACAGAAACGUAAACGAAAUGGCAAUGUUGUUUGUAAUGUGAGUGAAAUGGAAAAGUCUGAAUUUAAACAUGAAAGUCGGCCCAAGAGGUCUGUCAAAAGACCAAUGAAAUACAUAGAUGAUUAUGAUGAUCUAUACAUGUCAAGCUCAGAUGAAGAAUUGCAUAUUUUUACUCCUAGAAAGAAAAAACAUAUUGAAAGUGUAGUAGAUGUUAAAGAGACUGAAGAGGUCUCCAAACCACUAAAACUAAGUGAGGGAAGUCAAAAAUUAAAGUUGGGACCAAAGGUUGUUAAAGCUACAGAUUCGCCAAAAAAACCAUCAAAACUAGCUCCCAUUUUCGCACCCAAACAGAUCGAUCCAGCUGCUUUAGAAGCAAAACAAAAGUUUUUACAGAGUGGUGUGCCUGACAAAUUAAAAAGAGUUAUAAAUCAGCAGAAGAAUUAUCAAACACAAGACCCUAGCUUUUCUGUUGUUGUGCAUAUACAACAAAAUUGUAAACCCACUGAAAAAUGUGACCUACUCAUACCUUUGAGGGAUAUUAAUGAAGAUUUGUCACCUCUAACAUAUGAAGAUGAUGCAUUUAAAAAAUUACUUCAUCUAACUGAUGAACCAACUGUGCAUGUCAUAGAUAGCAAUUGCAGGAGCAGCACACAAAGUAUGUUGCAAAGCAUAAAACAAUCACACCCAAAGUUCCCAGUGUAUAGAACAUAUCGUUAUUUGAAGGGUAAAGGCACAGGAGAGUUGAAAGACUGUAAUAAUGUAGAUUUAGAUAACAGUAUUGAAAUUUUAAAUGAUAUAGUUGAUGUUAUCAAUGACAGCCCAGAUAGAUUGAAUUGGACUGACAAAUAUAAAGCUAUGUCAACUAAACAGAUAAUAGGUAAUUUUGAAAGUAUUAAAGAGUUAAGGAAAUGGUUGAUAUUAUGGACUGAAAAUGAAUUGAAGCAAAAAUCUAAAAGUAAGCCUAAAGCUGGAUCAGAUUCAUCAGACUAUUAUCAAUCUGAUACAGAUAGUCGGGAUAGUAUGAAAACCAUGAAUAAUCUACUUAUACUGACUGGCCCCACAGGCUGUGGAAAAACUGCAAGUGUGUAUGCAGUAGCUGCAGAGUUAGCUAUGAAAGUUAUAGAAGUUAAUGCCAGUAGUAAACGGACUGGCAAAAUAAUGUUACAAGACCUUCAGGAGGCAACACAGUCACACAAGGUAAAUAGAGGCUCUGCAAAUAUUGACAACAGCCAAAAGUCACAGGAAAAAAGCCAAAUUGAAGUUAUUAAAACAAAUAAAAAACGAGGAAGGCCAAAAAAAAUUGUGGAGAAUGAGAAAAUAAAGAGAGUAGUAAAGUGUGAUGUUUCAAGUAACACACCACCAAGUCAAGAGAGUACAAGAACUGACUCAUCUCUGAUUCUAAUUGAUGAUGCAGACAUAGUAUUUGAGCAGGAUGAUGGAUUUUCCUCUGCUAUUGUGCAGUUAGUACAGUGUUCCAAAAGACCUGUAAUAUUGAUCACUUCAUCCACUGUGUGCCCCCAUUUACAAAGAUUUUUACAGAAUGGGAAAAUAUUAAGGAUGUGUCCAUUAUUACCUAGGAUGCUUGGCACAUGGCUUGACAUUAUGUGCUUAGCUGAUAGUGGGGUGUGUUGGCCGGGGGCAGGAGCCCAAUUUUUAAGUUUUUUUAAAGGAGAUAUUAGAAAGACUAUCAAUUAUUUACAGUUCUACACACCCUUCUAUGUACAUAGUAAUAAAUCAGAUGAGGAAACAGUUUCUCAAAGUGUUGAUUUUUAUAGACCUCAUAUUGAUGAAGAGGGCUCAUGCAUUUCAUGGGCAGAUAAUGAUUAUUCAGAAGACAAAACACCAGUUGUUAGCAACAACUUCAACAUGGAUAGUAAAACAGAUACCAUUUGGACUGAUUUUGUUUCUAAGCAUUCAAAUCUAUUAACUUUCUUUUAUCCUGUGCAGCUUUUUAACAUUUGGUGGAGUCUACCACAUCUUCUGACAUCACAGCCUAAUCUUCGCAACAUUAUAAAUAAACCAAAUGAUAGAAUUCAAAGCAAAAACAUUUGUUCAGAGCUUGAAGCAAUGGCCAAUGCAGUAGAUUCUUUUUCACUAGCUGAUUAUAUCAGUCACAAGAAUCCUGAUUUGAACUCUAAUUUAACGUCAAAGCCUUGGUACUGCCCUGAAGAGCACAGUGUGUCAGAGAGAGAAAACUGGGACUAUUAUAAGAAGGAAUAUGAAACUACCGACGAAAUUUGUCACCAUUUAGUAACCAGUUCUAUUGUUGCUGCACAAACUGUUUUGGGAUGUGAUGGGAAAAUAGAGCUCAGUUUGCCAGGGAUGAAUUUGCAAAGAGAAAAGGAUAAAAUCGUGGCGCGGCAUAAAAGUUUAACCAGCUAUUUAAAUACGUCGUCUGUGCUGGAUAGGCGGUCUCUAGCACUGGACUACUGGCCUUCCUGCCGCUCAAUAUGCAGGGUAGAGAAAUCCAAGAAUGACACCAACAUGAAGAGAAACAAUCGUUUCUGUCACUAUCUUAAAUCAUUGAAUGUUCUCUGUAAAAGUGAUACUUUUGAUAACCUCUGUGACAGCCUCCAUUCUAGUGAAGGAACUGAAUCAAACAACUAGUUUUAAUGAAUGAUAGAUAAAAUCGACUCUAUUCUAUUUCCUACUUGUAAAAUAUUAAUUAUAGUAAAAUUUGUUAGUGUAUUGUUUACUGGGUUUCGUUUUACAAUUAUGUGUAUGGGUACAUAAGCAUUCUCUGCUAAUAAAUUUACCGUAUUAGAUAUAUUUAGAACAUACUUUUCUUUAUACUACUGCUACUUUUAUCGUAUGUUUAAAAACUUUAAAUUAUUCUCUAUGUAAAAUUAUUUGUGUAAAAUAUAAAUACUUAUUUAAACAAAUGCUUUUAUUUGUGCCGUCUAUUACACGUAGGUGUGUUUUUAAAUAUUGUUUGGCAAUUGAUUGCCUUAAUUAUUUUUUUGUUUUUAUUCUCGGUACAAACUACCUAAAGAACUCUUAAGCAUGGAUCUUCGGUGCAAAUAAUAAUUAUUACAAUUGAUAAAAGUUAUUUUUGCCCGUGUUGCUAAAUUUAAUUUUGUUUUUUCCAAGAACUGUACCAAUAUGAUUAUUAUCGCUUGGCAACUGGUACAUUA